AUGCAUGAUACUCAUAGUCAGUACAUCAGGGAACUGGCUGAUAGCCAGGGCCUGACGGUCAUCGGCCACAUUGGGGUCCCCCCCCCCGCCAUCUUUGAUGGACGAAGCCUCGUCUGGGCGGAGUCACCCUGGUGGCUCGUCAACCUCGUUAAGGCUGUCUGGCGCUGGGGCCUCAACCCUUGGCUGCUCCAGAGGUAUUCCGCCCAGUUCUGGGAUCGGUUCAGCGCUGUGUAUGAGCUCCAGACGCAGGGCCAGGCGUACGACUCACCUGAGGACCUCCUCAGGGCCGCUGGAGUGUAUGAUGACUCCCAGGUCACGCUCUUCGAGGCGGUAGAGGCUGCCCUGGGGGAGGGCGGGUGGGGCACCGAUCUCUUCAAGACGGAAGUGGUGGGAGCCAUCACGCGCGCCGCCUACGGCCAAACCAGCCUGCAGUUGAACGCGCUGUCUGGUGCUGCGGCGCUCCUGGCAGUCACAGAUCCCGGGGGUUUCAGCAUCGAGGGCGGCUUCCCCGGCCUGGCGUCGGCGCUGCUGGACUCCGCCAAUGCCAGCCUGCAUCUGGGCGCCGAGAGCGGCGACUUCGAUGGCAUCAUCCUGGCUGCCCCCCUGGAGGGCAGCCAGCUGGACCUGGCGGGCGUGCCCGACCUCGCGCCGCGCUUUCCUCGCUCCUUUGUCCCCACCGUAACCACCCUGGUCAGGGGGAGGGUGCGUGCGUCCUACUUUGGACAGCCGGCAGCCACGCAGCUGCAGUACGGCCGUGUGCUGGUGACGGCAGACUCCCCCGUCCCCUUUUCGUCCCUGGCCAAGGUCCAGCUGGCCCCAGGCCAGCCCAGCCUGUGGCGGCUGACGAGCCCGAAAACCCUCUCCCACGCCUGGCUCAGCAUCGUGUUUGAGGCUGGGUGGCAAGUGGCCGAUGCCACGACCUGGGCAGCCUACCCCAGGAGCGAUCCGCCGGAGGACUUCAGUCCCUUCCUGCUGGCUCGGGGCCUGUGGUAUAAUAAUGCGCUGGAAAGUGUGGCAGGCAGUCUCGAGGCCGCUGCAAUGUCCGCGCUCAACACGGCCCUGCUCGUGAAGCGAGAUGUGAAGGCCCGUUUGGAUGGGACCUGA